CUCUCUCUUCCGCGUUUCUCUCUCUCUCCAUAUGCCUCUUCCUCUUCACUGCUCAUCUCUCCUCCCUCUCUCACUGCCGCGCCUUCGCCGCUCCUCCUCAAGGUCGCGGGCAACCGGAGCACCAAUUCACCUAGAUUUGCUCUAUUUUCACCUAGAUUUGCUCUAUUUUCUCUCUCUAAAAUCUCUCUAUAUUCGUAUAUUUGUUUAUCUAUCAAUGGCGAGACCGACGACAUGCCAGAGAUUGCGGCGAUGACGAUGAAUCAAGAGAAGGCGAGGAAACUAAAUGGAACGUUUCUCAGUAUGAAGCUAUACUCAAAGAAGGUGAACAGGUCACCUCUGUUCUUAAAGAGAUUGCCAAGCUUGUAACUACUUCUCUCCUCAAUUCUCUUGAUAUUCUUUGUUAAUUUUUUGCCCUUAAAAUCCUAAACCCUUUAUUGUUUGCUAGAACCUGAGUCUGUUUACCUUCAAGUGUUUCUUGGUUGAAUGAUUUUUAUAUUUUCUUUUAUUCAUAUUCAAUUAAUUUUCAAGUUCCAUGGAUGCCUAUUUCAGAAUUUCUAGAUUGUUGAUUGGACAACUUGGUUUACUUGCAAACUGUAGCAUGGAUAAACCCUAAACCCUUUUCUUUAAUUGGGUGUUCCUUACACCUAAUUUGCUUGUUUUAAAAUGUUGGAGGUUUUUCUUGAAUAAUCUGAAGUUUCUCCAUGAUAAGAUGCAUAUUAAUUUAAAAUUGAUUAUUUGGAGUGAGGUGGGUCACAGUUGGUAGUUGCUCGUUAUCAUCUGCAAACACAUUUCAAGUUGUACCUGGAUAACUAGAGGGCCAACAAACAUGUAAGGAAAUAUAGGGUAUAGUUUCCAAACAAAAAUAUGAAUGCCUGCUUAAAGUUGUGCUCUUACAUGCCCGUGGCUCAGUUGCCGAGGAUCGAUGUGCAGCUCGCACAAUUACAGCAUGUGGUGGCCAAGUAUUCGAUUCUUGGAAAUGGUAAUCAACCUCUGGAUGAUAAGGACCUUGAUCAAUUCAUGUAAACCUUGAAAAUGGAGGGGAGUGUGUUUAGCCCUACUUUGGAGGGAAUGAAGAAUGUCAAGUCUGACAGAGGAGAACUGUUGACAAAGCCUUUAUUGGAUGUCUGCAAACACAUAUUGCCUAUUCUAGACAAAUUUGGAGCUGCAAUGACGGUUGUGAAAUCUGAUAUUGGUGGUAAAACAUUGAUUGCUUUUGCGUCGGCUAUUGUGGAUGUGUAUGAAGAGCAUUUGUUCUCUAUAUGGAAGACAUUUAUUUUGGAACAAUCCUCUAUUUUGGAAAUCCAAUGUUUUUGUAUGUAAUAUUUAAUUUAGAUGGAUUAUACUUGGUUUGUAUGGAUUUAUAAUGA